AAAUAAAGUAUUUUAGAUCUAUUUUACUUUGACUGUAUGGUGUUUUGCUGUUCGAAAUACUAACAACGAUGUAGGGUACGGCGGAUGGGGAGGCUCCGCCCCGCAGGGCCCUGCCCCCCGCCGCCAAGAGCACGCGCGUUCAGUCCGCGCUCAACCGUCGUGCUGUACCGCUUUUACUCACCGUUACCGUGUACCGUCGAGUUCAAUCGACGUGCUGCUUACGCUUACCACCUGACCGUACCGCGUACCGUCGCGAACAAAACGAAACCCCCAAUAAAAAAAAAUGAGCUAAUUUUUUUCGUGAUAACCUUAACUUCUAUGUUAGCUGUAGGAAAAUAAUGAAAGAACGAUGUGUCGGACGGAAUGAUAUGUUAGUGUUGGUAUUGGGACUGGGGAACUGAGUGUUGAUGGAUGUGGAGGGGUGGGGCUCCAGGAUGGUGGCGGAGGAGAGCAAGACCCGGGCCACGGACUUCUCCAUCGCGGCGAUCAUGGCCCGCAGCGCGGAGCAGCGGCGCAGUCCCGUCGCGAGCUCCCCGCCGAUCCUCGGUCCAUCAUCAAGGCAGAGCUCACCAGCGUCGCUCAGUUCACCGGCAUCAAGUUGUCGCUCUCCCAUUCCUGACGAGGAUGUGGAGGUGGACGUAGAGCAAUGCUCGGAUGGGGAGCGGGAUGCGUCUGCUGCUCCUUCGCCCUCUCCUUCAUCAGAACUAGGCGAGAGAGACACGCCUUCCCCCGCCCGACCUCUGCCACCUCCUGCGACCUCUUGUAACUGUGAGGAACUAUUAUCGGUCGACUGCCAGCUCGAGACCAAGGAACUAUGGGAUAAGUUCCAUGAUUUGGGAACAGAGAUGAUCAUCACUAAAACCGGAAGACGCAUGUUCCCAACGGUACGGGUGUCCUUCACGGGGUGUCGAACGGAGGCGCGGUACGCGGUACUCCUGGACGUGGUACCAGUAGACGGCAAGCGGUACCGCUACGCCUACCACCGGUCCUCAUGGCUGGUCGCAGGCAAGGCUGAUCCACCGGCGCCUGCAAGACUAUACCCACACCCUGACUCGCCCUUCUCUGGUGAUCAGCUACGGAAGCAGGUCGUCUCCUUCGAGAAAGUUAAGCUUACGAAUAACGAGAUGGAUAAAAAUGGACAGAUCGUCCUCAACUCCAUGCACCGGUACCAACCCCGCAUACACCUAGUUAAGGUCCGGGACGGUGGCGGGCCUAUCACCGACCUCUCCAGGGAACAGCACAGGACCUUCAUCUUCCCUGAGACAGUCUUCACCGCGGUCACAGCAUACCAGAACCAGCUGAUCACUAAGUUGAAGAUCGAUUCGAAUCCAUUCGCGAAAGGCUUCAGGGAUUCUUCGAGGCUAACCGAUUUCGAUAGGGAUCCAAUGGAGUUGAUGCUAAUGGAACAGCAGCUACUUCGGUCUCCGUUACGACUGUACUCAGGGGCGACUGGUACCAGCGAGGAAGAGGCAGAGAAACGUGCAGUUUGGGCUAGAACUCCGCCGGCUUUGCAGCUCUUAGCGCUUGGGGGUCGCGCCUGGCCCACCGCCUGGCCCCAACCCCUGGCUCUACCACCAGAACUCUGGCUACAGAAACCUCCCGCACCAGUACGGUACUGUCCGUACCCUCCUCCCGCGCACCCCUCCGCGCCUCCACCAAGAUCAGACCACGUACCGUCGUCGCCGCGACAUCCAAUGUAAAAUUUCAACACACUUGUACCAAAACUUUAGGAAGUUUUAUAAUUCCUAUAUGAAGUGGCAAAAACUAAUUUCCGAACUAUAAAUAGUGCUGUGAAAAAGUUAUAUAAUUGAAGACUAGGAAAUUAAUAAAUGAAUGUACCUAUUAAAUCUAAGAAACUUGUGUAAUUCGGUCUCUAGUUGACAUUAGUUAUACGUUUGUAAUUUGAAGGUUCCUACCCGAAUAUUAAUUUUAAUUGUAUAGAUAGAUCAAUUUAGCAUACAGUUACCUGUAUAGAGUUCUUUCCUAAUUCUCUGCAUUUUAUUGUUUUGAACAUUCUUAUCAUAAUUAUUAUUAUGUGUAUGUGUACAGAUGAAACUGACAGUUUAUUAAAUUAUUAAAACAGUAACCAAAGAUUCUGUAACUGUCCUGUAAAAAUAAAUGUUUAGUUGUUGCUAACACGUCAUGUGAAUAAAAAUAUAAAAAUAGUAUGAUUAUUCUGAAACAGUUUACAUAAAUAACUUGAUGAGUUAACAUUCCAGAGUUGGUUAUAAUGUAUCCAAUAUACCUGAUAUAUUUUUAAUAACAAUUAAAGACGUAUUUAAGACUUUUUUAUUAAUCUAAAAGUGAAAUAUUGAAUGCUUCAAUUGUCUUCGAAUUUUAAAAGUUUUUUUAGAUUUUAUUCUUUCGAAAGUUUGGGAAACAGUGAUAAACGUUGUAUUAAACUAUGUGUGUAUAUUUUAGAAUUAAUAUUUAUAUUCCAUUCAAUAUAAGUUUACUAAAAUGUCUACAUAAUAUUGAAUAUUUUAUAAGUAAGAGAAUUUUAAAAUUAAUUCACAAAUCCAAUAGUUUUAUAAAUCUGAGCAAAAUAGCAAAAGGCAUUUGCAGUGCAGAAAAUUCAUAAUAGAUAUUACCAGAAACCAUACCUAUUAUUAUCAUAGUAUUAUUAUUUAGUUAAGUAUAAGCCUAGAACCAUCCACGAACGUUGUAUUUUUAACUAAAAAAUUUCGAGUUUGUUGACAACCAAAUCUGCAACGAAUUUCAUUAGAUAUGGUAAAAAUGUAUUUUUUAAAUGUGUAAUUAUAAAAUAUUCAAAAUUAUGACUGUAAAAAUCUAUAAACUACCUAUUAGAAUCUGUAUAUGUAUUGUAUAGUGGUUGAUUAAAUUAUUUUUGUAGUGUAAGCACUGUACAUAGAGGUCACGUAGUUGUUAAUGGGUAAGAGAUUUUUUGAAAAAGUAAUCUGUAGAAGAAAAUAAUGCGACGACUGCUCACACCGUCUAUCCGUCUUCCUGGUCUUCCUGAAAUUUUAAGUUAAAAAGAAAAUUUUCAUAUUAGGUACCUAUUGCGCGUAAUGUAUCAUGACAAAAUUACCUUCCUACAUAGAAUGAAGAAUUUUUAACACAAAAUUCAUUAUUUAAGUCACUUCUAGUAACUUUAACGUAAGAAAUUUCUGAUUAUAUACUAACAGUUUUGGGUACAAUCAAAUUAGCAUCAUUGUUAUGCAAAGUUAAUUAUUGUGAAAUAAUUAAGAGAAGUAACCCUAUCGCGCUCCCAUACAGAAAUUAUCAUAAUAUAAUUUAUGCCCUAUUCCAUUUUGGCGGUUUUAUUUGACUGCAACUAUGUGCUUAAGUGAACUACAGAUUUUCUUGUUAAUUUGCAGUAAUUCAUAGAUAUCAAUUAAAAAACUAUUGCAUACGUAAGGUGAUUUAGUAACUGAUUUAAAGUUGUAAUGAAAAAAAUAUCAAAAUGUGGAUAAUGUGAGCAGUUCGCAAACGUAGUGACACAUAUCAGGGUCCGCCCUAAGUGUUAAUAAAC